AUGUAUUCUCCUCAUGCAGAAAGCUUUUCCUGGACCAAACGGCCGCGAAGCAAUGUAUCCCACCUAGACUCCCCUGAUGCUACUUCGCUAACACCAUGGCACGAGUCGUCGGGGGGUACUUUGAACGGAAAUCAGACCAAAUUAGUGACAGACGCUGCACGCCGCAUUUCUAACCUCUCAGGAUACUACAAUAUUUUUCGCGUCUCAGCAUAUUGCAAUUCUGAUUAUGGACAUGAUAACGAACAUGAAGAUGUACCUACCAACCCAUUCGAGCUUUCAGAUGAAAACCCAGAAUUGAAUCCGAACUCAGGCAUCUUUGACGCAGAGGCAUGGGCCAGGAACUUUUUGCAGCUCAGGUCUCGUGAUCCGGAGCGAUACCCUCGUCGUACCGCUGGCGUUUCCUUCCGCCACCUGAGUGUGUUUGGUUCCAAGGGGGCAACGGAUUACCAGAGCACUUUAUCCAACAUCUGGCUCAAGGCUUCAAGCCAUAUCCGCGGACUUCUCAGUCAAAGAAAACCAGCCAAGGUACCAAUUCUGCGGGACUUUGAAGGUCUGGUUGAAAGCGGGGAGAUGCUGCUUGUCUUGGGACGACCUGGAAGCGGUUGCUCAACGUUUCUGCGCACAUUGGCUGGCCAAACUGAAGGCUUACAACUCCAAGAGAUCUCCGACAUUCAGUAUCAAGGGAUUUCGUAUGAUGAGAUGAAACGCGAAUUUCGUGGCGAGAUCAAUUACCAGGCCGAUAAGGACGUCCAUUUUCCUGAAUUAACUGCUGGUCAGACGCUGCUCUUUGCAGCUCUCGCGCGUACCCCUGCGAAUCGACUUCCCGGGGUCAGUCGGGAACAAUAUGCAUUGCACAUGCGCGAUGUGGUCAUGGCAAUCUUAAAUCUAACACAUACUGUCGACACCAAAGUCGGUAAUGAGUAUAUCCGUGGUGUUUCUGGUGGUGAGAGGAAGCGGGUUAGCAUCGCCGAGACGAUGCUUUGCAAUAGCACCAUCAGCUGCUGGGACAACAGUACUCAGGGCCUGGACAGCUCCUCUGCCUUGGACUUUGCUAAAUACCUGAAGACAUCAACUCGUUACACGGGUUCUACAGCUCUCGUUGCCAUCUACCAGGCGGGACAAGCCAUUUACGAUCUUUUCGACAAAGUGAUCCUUCUAUAUGAGGGACGAGAAAUUUUCUUUGGUCCUACACAUGAAGCCAGAUCGUAUUUCGUCGACAUAGGAUUCGAGUGUCCCGAGAGACAAACCACCUCUGACUUCCUGACGUCCUUGACCUGUCCUGAUCAACGGCGGGUACAACCUGGAUAUGAAUCAUCCGUCCCUCGCACGGCAGAUGAAUUUGCUGAGCGUUGGCAGAAUAGUUGGACCCGGAUGGCCUUACUGAAGGAGAUCAGUAGCUACCAAGCAAGAUUUCCACUCGGGGGAGACCAAUUGAGGCAAUUCCAACGGUCCCGUGAGAUGGAGAAGUCCCAUCAUGGGAGUAAAAGAUCCCCAUUCAUCGCUUCGUUCCCUUACCAGGUCCGACUUUGCUUGUGGCGCGCAGCUCUUCGGUUUCGAGCUGACUUCGCCGCAAGUGUAAUCCAAGUCUUCAGCAGCAUUAUAACAUCGUUGAUCACGGCUAGCAUAUUCUACGGCUUGGCGGAUAAUACGAGCACUCUCUUCCCUCGCGGUACACUUCUAUUUGCCACAAUCUUAAUGACCACUUUGAACUGCGCAAUGAAGGUCCUUUCUGUGUGGGAGCAACGGCCGAUUGUUGAGAAGCAUAAAGGAUAUGCACUGUACCGGCCGGCUGCGGAAGCCCUCAGCGAUAUCAUUAUUGAUCUUCCUGUGAGGUUUAUCACAAGCGGUGGGUUUUGUUUAUGUCUGUAUUUCUUGACGGAUCUGCGUCAAGGGUUGGGUCACUUUCUUCUCUACUAUAUAAUUACCAUCUUGUCCAUGUUAUCCAUGUCCAAUCUGUUCCGUUGUCUCAGCGCUUUUUCACGCACCCUCGACCAGGCAAUGCUUCUCUCGGCCCUCAUGCUGCUCGCUGUGUUUACCUAUACUGGUUUUGUGAUCCCCAUUCCCGACAUGCGCCCGUGGUUCCGAUGGAUUGCUUAUAUCAACCCCAUUGCAUAUACGUUCCAAGCGCUCAUGAUAAAUGAAUUUAGUGACCGCCACUUAGCAUGUGCACUGUACAUUCCAUUUGGCUCCGCAUACAGUAAUCUGGGCCCAAAGUCCGUCAUCUGCAAUGCCAACGGUGCUGUGGCUGGACAGAACUAUGUCGACGGAGACACUUAUAUUCAGAAGACCUACGAAUACUCACCAGACGCCCUGGCUCGCAAUAUCAUCAUCCUUGUUGCUUUCUUCUUCAUCACGCUGGUUGCGUAUAUCCUAGCAAGUGAGCUUAUCAGCUUCAACGCAUUGAAACCUCAAGUCCUUGUCUUCCCGCGCUGCCAGGCCUUGACGUUCGCCAAAAGGCUUGACCAAACGGACGAAGAGCAGCCCCACUAUGGCGACAGUGUUUUGGUGCGUAAAGAUGAUGGACAUUCUCGCGACCGUUCUCCCCUUCAGUCCCCGCGAGCUAUCUUCCACUGGCAGGACGUUUGUUAUGAUGUGAAAAUCAAAAAUGGCACACGACGCAUUCUGGACAGUGUGGACGGUUGGGUAGUACCUGGAACGCUGACGGCACUCAUGGGGUCCUCGGGUGCGGGAAAGACAACUUUGCUAGAUGUUCUUGCCGACAGAGUGACGGUGGGAGCAGUCACGGGCGAGGUUUUGGUAAAUGGGCGACCUCGAGACUCCAUAUUUCAGCGGAGUAUUGGCUAUGUUCAGCAGCAAGAUCUACACUUCCCAAAGAACACUGUUCGAGAAGCCAUGAUAUUCAGUGCGCUUUUACGCCAACCCACUAGCGUUCCUCGUGCUGAAAAGAUUGCAUAUGUUGAUGAAAUUAUCGAGGUUCUUGACAUGGAGGAUUAUGCAAAUGCAGUUAUUGGCGAACUAGGUGAAGGAUUGAACCUGGAGCAGCGGAAACGGCUCACCAUCGGUGUUGAAAUGGCUGCAAAGCCGGAGCUUCUUCUCUUCUUUGAUGAGCCUACUUCUGGUCUGGACAGUCAGUCAGCGUUAUCGAUCUGUAAGCUUAUGCGGAAGCUGGCAGAUCAUGGACAGGCAAUUCUCUGCACAAUUCAUCAACCGUCAGCAACUCUUAUGCAGGAAUUUGACAAGUUACUCCUGCUGGCCAGAGGCGGUCGCACAGUCUAUUUCGGACCACUUGGCCACCAAAUGGGCUCGCUGAUUCAAUACUUUGAAAAGAACGGGGCGCCUCCUUGUCCGCCUACUGCUAAUCCGGCAGAGUGGAUGUUGGAUACUAUCGGGACUUCUGAUAUUGACUGGGCUGAUCUAUGGCAUAAUAGUCCAGAAAGACGAGCAGUUCAUCAAGAGCUCACCAUGAUGAAGGAAAAACUACCCCGUAGUUCACGGGAAGUAUCUCGAACAUGCAGCGGCGAAUUUGCUACUUCGUUCAUUUUCCAGCUUAUAGUCUGUUUGGAGCGUGUAUUCGAGGAGUAUUGGCGAAACCCGAAUUAUAUAUACACCAAGUUGCUCCUUGGUACUCUUCCGGCCCUCUUUAUCGGUUUUAGUUUUUGGCACGAAAAAACAAGCAUGCGAGGCUUGAGUGACCAAGCAUUCAGUAUUUUCAUGAUCAUGUCCAUAAUGUCCAUCCUCGUGCUACAGAGCAUGCCGCAAUUCAUUUUUCAUCGCAAAGUCUACGAAAAUCGCGAAUCACUGUCCCGAAUCUAUUCUUGGAAAGUUUUCAUGCUUUCUAGUAUACUUGUCGAACUGCCGUACAACAUGCUACUUGCAUUCCUGAUGUUCCUCUCCUAUUACUAUCCCGUCGCGCUGUAUCGCAACGCCGAAGCCACAAACGACGUAACUCUUCGCAGUGGCAUCAUGCUCCUACUCUUCCAGUUCCUUACUGUUUUUGCUACUACGUUCAGCAUCAUGGUCACUACUAUGUUUGACUCGUUGGAGACUGCAGGGAGUCUAGCCUCGCCUCUUCUCUCGGUGAGUCUAGUAUUCUGCGGGAUCCUCCGACCUAAAAUAUCCUUACCGAAGCCUUGGAUCCCCAUGUAUCGAGUCUCUCCAUUCACAUAUUUCGCAUCGACCAUGCUCUCAACAGCAUUAUCUGGGAACAAAGUUCACUGCUCCGCCGUUGAGCUCCUCCGUCUCGAUCCUCCAAGUGGACAAACUUGUGGCGAAUUCCUGGGUCCAUACAUGUACACUGCGGGUGGGACUCUGAUAAACCCAAACGCCACAUCUGGCUGUCAAUUCUGCCAGUUGCGAACAACGGACGAGUUCUUGAAAGUUCUGAAUAUGGAUUUCAGUGAUUAUCCGCGGAAUCUCGGCAUUCUCUGCAUCUAUGUCUGCUUCAAUAUUGUGAUGGCCAUGUUGCUCUAUUGGGUUACACGGGUCUUCCGGAAGCAGAGGCAACGUACUACUAAGCGAACAUCCGCAUCUAAUGAUGGGCCAGAGAAGUGUAUUUCGAAAAACUGCACUGAGGGGAGGUCUGCUGGUGCUGCGCUUACUCUGUCAGAGGUGGACGAGUGGCUAGACACCGAUGGAGCCGGGGCAGAUAGUCGAUAACAAAAGUAUAAUUAAGAGCUUUUUAAAGCUGAAAAUCUAAUCAUGAACAGGCGUAGAUAAAAGCCCUAACCCUGGAGAGUACGACAUGAG